UGACAUUGCAACAUGUAAAACCGGAUGCCCUCCUCCAUUAUUCUCUCUCUCUCUCUCUCUCUCGGCUAAAAUCUUGCAAGCUUAGAAACAAUGGCGUCACAAAGUCACCAAGUGCAAGACCAUCAUGAUGAUGAUCAUAAACACGAUCAUCAUCAUCAUCAUCAUGAUCACCAUCAUCAAACCCACGACCACUCUCAUGGGGAUUCAACAGAAACAACAUCAUGGGUGGGCCCAGAUGGUAAGGUGUACCACAGCCAUGAUGGACUGGCACCACACUGUAGGUGUAUAUUUGCACCUGUUGGUACUGGGUGUAUAUUUGCACCUGUUGGUACUGGGUGUAUAUUUGCACCUAGGAAGGGAAUCCCGGGUUCAAACUUGGUAGACCCGGCUUGGUUCUUUUCCAAUGCACCAAUGGCCCUUGCUACAUCCAUAUGGCUUAUUGUGUAUCAGGAAAUGGAAUUUGAUGUUAUUUGGAAAACUGCUUUAAUGUUGGCUUUGUGUCAAUUCUUGCGGGACAAGUACAGUCUUGCGGCAGUAACAAAUGAUAUAUUCACAAAAGAGGAUGGUGAAUUCUUGGUGAAGCAUGGAGCACUUCCAGAGGAAAGGAUACGAGCUGUGGAAACUGGGGGCUGCCCACACGCUGCCAUUCGUGAAGACAUCAGCAUAAAUCUUGGCCCUCUUGAGGAGCUCUCUAACUUGUAUAAAGCGGAUAUACUUCUCUGUGAAUCGGGGGGAGAUAAUUUGGCUGCCAACUUCAGCAGAGAAUUGGCUGACUAUAUCAUUUAUAUAAUUGAUGUAUCUGGUGGUGAUAAAAUACCUCGAAAAGGAGGCCCGGGAAUUACACAAGCUGACCUCCUUGUAAUAAACAAGACUGACCUUGCACAAGCAGUUGGAGCUGAUUUGACUGUGAUGGAGCGCGAUGCGCUACGGAUGCGUGAUGGAGGACCAUUUGUUUUUGCUCAGGUGAAGCAUGGCGUUGGUGUAGAAGAAAUUGUCAACCACAUUUUACAAGCUUGGGAAGUGGCAACUGGAAAUAAGCAACACUGAGCCGUCUUUUCAGACCUUCCUUCAAUGGAUGUGAUUGUAUCUUUAUGUAAUUUAGCGAUAAACAUGGCUUUCAUAGUUGAACCUCGUUUGAGUUUUCAUAAUGUGGGUUUUAUGAAUAUUUUUAUUGUCCGAGAAUUGGCACAAGAAGUAUGAAGGACAUUUUGAUGGAGCCUUGUGCCAUUGUUACCUCGAUCUUGAAUCUGAUCUUUGAACCUCUUUUGUUAAUCAUGAAUCAUGAUUGUUUGCGGUCUGGCUUGUGGAAUCCAUCACAAUUCUCAUUUUAAUUA